AUGCCGUUCUACUUUCAUUGUAUUCGUCCCAACUCCAAGAAACAACCUUCCGUCGUGCUCAAGGAUCUCGUUGAACAACAGUGUCGUGCACAGCGUCUGAUUCGGCAAGUGGAAAUUUGUAGGAAUCCACCUAACUUGUUGAAUUGGCUCAGCGAUCUUCUAUAUAGCGAAGACUGCCCGAAUCCAGAGAUAAGUGGUUCUUCUUCAUCGAUGGUUCAGUUCAAGUCAGUUAGCCUUCUGGAAAAACUUGAGUUGCUACUCGAGGAUCGAGAAGCUGAUGCCGCGACAAAAAAACAAUUGUUGUUUCUCAUGAUCACGUGGAGAUGCCGCUAUGUUUCAAAAAAGUGGGAACGGCGGGGUUUAUCAAAUGAUCUACUGGCUUGGUAUGGCCCCCAAAGGGAAAACACUGUCAAGAAGCUGCUAACGAAAAAAAGUCGAAGGUCCAGGAAGAGAAAACGGUAUUCAGCUAGCAAGUAA